AUGAAAUAUCUAAAAAUGCUCAACCAGUAUAAGGGACUGCUACUGAACACAGAACCAGAUGAAAGAAAGACCCUUGUAGUGCGAUGGAUGCGCGAAAAAGAAAAGCAAAGUGAGCGCGAAGCGCGAGAGAGUGCACUAAGUGGUGACUACUACUCUAAGGUAAAACCCAAUAGCGAGGGAAGUACAGCAAAGGGGAGUAAUAAUGAUGAAGUACACUGCAAUGCUUGUUACAAACCACAAGGCAAGGGAUAUGACGUACCAAUGAGGUGGAUGGACAUAGACGGACGUUCCUGGAUGAUGGGUGAUGCAGGGCGCUUAAGCGCGAGAAAGCGCGCAAGGCGCAUGUGCGGGAAUACUGCGCAUUGUGCGGGAAUGUAUCGCGCCUAUGGCACGUUUCGUGGGAAAGCUGCGCGUUAUGUGUAA